CACGUGAUAACAGCAUACAUAAGUAUAUUAGCCCUUAUUUUGCAUUCAAUUUCAGUUUAUUUUGGUUGUUUUGAGUUCUUAAUUAUCGUUUAAUAGGGUGAAUUUAUUCUUUUUGAAAACAUGGAGGGCUUUUAUCCCUGCUGGUAUUAAGUCAACUCGAGUUUUCUUCGCCUUCGAGGCAUUUUUUUUGCUUUAUCCGCCAUGACAAAAGCCAAAGGACGAAAGCUCAAAUUUAUCAGCUGAUCUUCAGCCGAGAAAAGGCUGUCUUAAAACUACUUCUUAAUCAUUACAAUACAUGCAUUAGCAUGGGAGAGAUUGCUAAUGACAUUGAAAAUCGUUGGACCUGCCCAAAUGAUCGGCAGUUGGUGCUUAGAGCCAAAUUGAAUUCGGGAUGGUCUUUUCACACGAGCAAUCCGGUGAAAAAGACAUCGAAAACGAACAUAUCUGAAGCUGAACAAGAAGAAAUUAAGAAUGUUAUUCAAAGAGCAGAUCGCAUCCAAAAACAAGAAGAAUAUCGUAUCGGACGGCUGGUUGAGAAACUGGAAAACCUGCGUAAGAAUGCAAAGGGUAAUGGAAACGACUUCUGUCUUCUGUGUGCCAGCAAGUUUGGUGUCCUGAAGACUGUUGCUAAAGAGUGUGAUACCUGUGAAAAGAACGUUUGUGAAAAGUGUGGUGUUGAUACUCAUAACAGUGCAGGUCAACCAAUCUGGCUUUGUAUGCUGUGCAGUGAACAAAGAGAGUUAUGGAAGAAGACAGGAGCGUGGUUCUUCAAGACCAUCCCUAAAUACUCCGUCCCUCGUGAAUCUCGAUCACGUGAAUUUGGAUCAAUCCCACGCAAUAGAAGCGAUACUGGCAGUUCUUCGCGCCACUCGGAGGAUUUUGGAAGAACAUGGACACCAGUUACCAGGAGAUCCAAAGAUACCUUUAGUGGUGAUACCUCAUCAUACACGGCAGAAGACAGCGAUGACGCUUCGUCGGAGGAAGAAAUGAUUCUAGACCGCCCCAAACGUCCCCGUGCCAGCACGGGAAGUGGUGGUUCGGUCGUCUCUGACGACUUCAGUCUUUACAAAGAAUCGAUGCCUGCUACUGGAUUACAAACCACAGGGACUCCAACCGAACGGUUUCGCCCUCGAACUGGACGUGUGACCUCUAUUGAUAGAUCGAUAGCGAGAAAAAAGAAAAGCUCGGAAGACGGUGCAGUUGACGGGAUAUUUGAUUCGCAGAUGCAAGUGAUCGAUGGCGGAACUGAUAGCCGCCAUUCAGUCGGAGAUGAAGAAGACAUCGAUGAACUCGUGCGGAAUUACAAAGAAAAUGAAUCUCAGAGAAAAGACAAUCACUCAGGUCUUGGUGUGGUUGAGUUUACUCUUCGCUAUCAGAAACUYGAUAGUCGUCUAGAUGUGAUUUUAGAAAAUGCACAGGAUCUGAAGCCAAUGGAUGUGAGUGGAACAUCAGACCCAUACGUCAAACUACACCUGUUACCUGGGGCUAGUAAGAGCAACAAGUUACGAAGCCAAACCAAGUACAAGACACUUAAUCCAUUCUUUGACGAAACUCUUACGUAUCAUGGCAUCGCAGAGGAAGAUAUCUCCAAUAAAACACUUAGGUUACAAGUGUACGAUGAAGACAAGCUUGGACGUAACGACUUCAUUGGUGAAACGUCUGUUCAUCUCAAAGUACUUAACAGUACUCCAACACAGAAAUUCAAACGAAGUCUACUGCCAAAAGCUUACUUUGAUACUGGAAGGGAAUCUCCUGAAAAUAGGUUAGGUCGCAUUCAACUGACAUUGAAAUACAAUACAACAAGGAGCAUGCUCUUUGUGGGGGUUGUCCGCUGUGCGGGCCUUGCAUCCAUGGAUGCUAAUGGUUAUUCGGAUCCCUAUGUUAAAUGUUAUCUGAAGCCUGAUCCUUCAAAGAAAAGUAAAAGACGAACAGCCAUCAAGAAAAAGACUCUAAACCCUGAAUUCAAUGAGGAAUUUGCGUACGAGAUUCCUCACAGUGAACUUGCGAAAAAGACCUUAGAGGUAACUGUGUGGGACUACGAUGUUGGCAAAAGUAAUGAUUUCAUAGGUGGGGUAACCCUGCAUAUCAAGGCAGAGGGGCAAGCUCUCAAACACUGGUAUGAAACACUGAAAUACCCAAAUCAAGCACAUACCCAAUGGCACACACUGGAAGCCAUCACAGCUCAGGACAACAAACUUGAUUAGAAUUCUUUCUGUAUAACCUCUGCCUUAAACAUUCAAUGGUGCUAUACACUGGAAGCCAUCACAGCUCAGGACGACUAACAAACUUGAUUAGAAUUCUUUCUGUAUAACCUCUUCCAUAAGCAUUCAAUGGUGCUUUAUGCUCAAUAUUUGUGAAAUCAUUAUCGGGUUGAAGCUAUUGAACAUAGAAGAUGAGAUAGAAUGAUAACAUGAUUAUCCUUGUCUGUUGUAUCCAUUUGAGAUACACAGUCGAUAUGAAAAAUGUGUUUAAAGCCUCCUUGCUUCAGUGCAACUAUUUAUGAACAUUCUACAAGUUGUAUCAUUAGAUACAUCUAGUUAACACAUUUCCAAUGUGACAUUUCGGUCUCAGCUACUGUGUUCUAUUUCUUGUCCCCGGCAAUAAAUUUGCAAUUGAAUGUAUACAGCUAUUUUAAAAAAAGGUUGGCCAAAGUUUUGUUGCAUGUUUCACACUAAGCUUGAAUUUAUUGGGGAUCGUAGUGUUAAUAAUUACAGCACAGAAGAAAAUAUGCCACAAAAACAUGUGGAAGAGAGUUGGGAAAUUCCAUAUUGUUGUGACCUUCACGUCGGCAAUAGUGCAUUUUUUAAAUGCAAUUUGCAACAAAACUCUUACCAAAUAGCUGUAUAUGCUGUAAACAAUACUGUUAUGUAAAAUUUAAAGACACUUCACUUAUUUUCUGUUAUGGGCAGUUUUUUUUUUUAAUGCAAAAUACCAAGUCAAGUUCGAAAUUCAAUGUGGAUGGAAAGGAAGCUGCUUUGAAUAUCACCCUGCUAAUAGGUUUAAAUUUUUGUUGACAAUUUAGGAACCAAAUGACUCUUUUUUACAAAUUUAAAUGUGAACAAAUCAGAGGAUAUAGUUGUUACUUGCAAUUUUUGAGUGGAACAAGUUUAAGUCGUACAAAAAUUAGUCUUAUUACUUUAAAUCAUGUAUGAGACUAAUAUACUUAUAUACAUACAUUGCACUGAGUUAAUUUCAAAAUAAAACUUAAUAAAUCCUUUAAAAUUGAAGCUAGAAUCUUCAGCYGCUAGACUUACGAGUAGUAUUAUUGACACGAGUCUUUCAUAGUGCCUUAUAUCCCAGUAUUCUCGAUUAAAUAUAACCAAGUCAAAUUAAAAAAUAACAUAUUUGCACAAAGUAGACUCUAUGGGUUUCUGUGUUGACAGAGUUGAACCCAACAAAAGUAGGAACAGGAAUUUGUCACGCAGCAGGAAAAAAUAUACUUUUAUGUAUUGUAAAGUUAUAAAAUUAAAUUAUUUAUGGGUAGUUAUGAAUAAAUCAUUUAUGCAGGAUGUACAGUUCAGAUGUAUUGACUAAAACAAAUGAAAUAAAAGUUGGUUUCUCAAUCAAAAAAA